GGCUGAGCUGUCUGGCCUGGGAAGAAGAGGGUCUGCUGCAGAGGACUGGAGUGGCCACUCUGACUGCCAGCCUUCUUCCUGGGGCUGGCCAGCCUACUCGAAUUCAGGCUUCACGGAGGCCUACACGGAGGCCUCCCUGGAAGCCCCGCCCAGCCGCCGAUCAGCUGAGAGGCGCCCGGGAGAAAAGCAGCUUGCCUGCUGCUUGGAUGGCCGACCAGGAGGACCAGCAGGAGGGAGGGCAAACAGGUGUCUUCACGGUUGAGGAGGAUGGAUGGUUUCUCCAGACCGUGGACACCGAAUGGUCUUGUGAGAGUCCUGACAUCCAAGAGGCCAAGAUCCCAGAAGACAACACUAGGGAUCAGGAGCUGGACGUGGAGAGCUUUGUCAGUUCCCCGAGCGUCCAGAGGCCAAGCACCGUGUUGAGGAGGCUGCAAAACACCGCCGCUGACCAAGAGCCAUCCCUUGGAGAGAGUUCUUCCUUCCAGGGGGCCGAGACUCCACAUGCCAGCAUGGAGGAAGAGGGGUCAGAAGAGGACUAUGCCACCAGUUCUCCCAGAGUCCCGAAGCCAAAGAAGUGGCUCAUCAAGAAGAUGAUGAAGAACACCUACACGGUGGAAGACUCGUCCUCCGCGGAGUGCUCCUCGAUGGAUGAGGAUGAUACGAUGCAUGACAUCAGCAGCAUCGAGGACGAGGUGUGGGACUCUCCGCUGACCCCCAGUUCGGCCAGGAACAUCGGCGAAAAGGAAAGAAGAGGACAGCUGGCCCCAGAUUGGUUCUCCUCGGUCCAUCUGGGAGAGGGGAGAGCAACAAAGAAGAUUGGGGACAUCAUCCGGAGCGUGGAGUAUGCCAGUGAGGUGGAGGAAAGGUUCCCCGAACUCCUGGUUGGCCUGGUCAACAAGAUCCUCACCGGCCUGCAGAACACCACCGAGGGAGUCGGGAACCGAGACAGCCAUUACCUGCCUCCUGAGGAGACCGCGCAGAUUGUCCGAACCCUGCUGGAGAGGGUGGCACAGGUGACCCCAGAGAAGACCUGCUGAGAAUCCCUGUGCUCUCCGCAGAGCUGCCUCCAGGGUGUGGCCCUCUUGGUGAGGGCUCUCCUCCAGACACCAUCCUCCACAGUGGCCAGGCUGAAGGCAUACCUGGCUUCCCUCUUCAGCCUCG